CUUAAUUUAAUAAUAAGACAAAUAAUUUUAAAAAAAAGGUGCAUCAUCAUCUUGACCUAGACAUGGAGUUAUGCAAAUUGCAGACAAAUUGAAAAGGAAGAAGACGAAUUAGGAGAACGAACACAUCAAAUUCGGAAUCGAAGUGUGAUAUAAAAUGCAAGGUUUGAAGCAAUUAACACGACGAUGUUCCUGUAUCAGAAAUUCGAUUGUUCCCGAAAAAUUCCAUUAUUCACCUCCCUCGCAAAAUUUGUCUCGCCUCACACCCAAACGUUUCUUCGAUUUGCACAAGCUUGGAAAUAAGGAAGCAAUAGCGAAGGAGAGAGCUAGAUUAAAUGAUGAAAUGAACAGGGGAUACUUUGCUGAUAUGGCUGAGUUCAAGCAACAUGGCGGUAAGGUUGCCGCAGCUAAUAAAGUGAUUAUACCCGCAAUGGCGGCUGUUAAAUUUCCGGAUAUCGAAGUCAGCUUCUCAGAUGGUAAAACAAUGAAGCUUCCUAUUCGUGUUUCUGAUAAUCCAGUUGAUUCUGACAAAUCAUCUGUCCCCAAGGCAUCUUUGGUUUGUCUUUCAUUUCGAGCAAUCUCCCAGGAAAUGAUCAAUUCUUGGAGCGUGCCUUUUGCUAAAGCAUUUAGUAACUCGAACAAUGUUCAAUUAUAUCAGGUAUCAUUUAUAGAUUCAUGGCUUUUAUGCCGCUCUCCUAUAAAACGUUUACUUCUGCGGGCAAUGAAGAAACCUAAUCUUAAUGAAGAAAGCAAGGAUGCACUUCAAGGGAAAAUGGUGUAUUCAUUUGGUGACCACUAUUAUUUCAGAAAAGAACUGAAGAUACUGAAUCUCCUCACUGGGUAUAUCUUCCUACUAGAUAAUUUUGGUAGAGUAAGAUGGCAGGGAUUUGGAGUGGCAACAGAAGAUGAACUCUCCUCCCUUCUUUCUUGCACAUCACUUCUUCUAGAUGAGUAAUGAAGGUACAAAACUACACUGUUGUCUGUAUUUCAGAAAUUUUGGGCUGUGAUAAACAAAGUUGAAUGAGAUUUUUCUGUUUUAAGUGAUAAUUUAGACAUUUAUGGAGCUAUUACCUUGUGUGGGAGGAAAAUUGUAACCCAAGGAAGCUGUGUGAGGAUAAAUAAUUAUUAUGUUUUUAUUACAAAUAUUUUUGAUCUGUAAGUUGAAAUUAUUUCCAAUAAAAGCAUACACAAUUUUAGGAUUAUCAUAUAGUGUUGCUCUUGACCUGAAGAUUAUCCAUGAGGAUGCAUCUUUUGUGAUGAUGAUCACUAUA